GAUGAUGAUGUAAAAGCCUGUAGCUAUGGCAACGCAAACAUGUCAUCCAAGACGAGCGACCUGCAACGUGGCCGUGACGCAUUUACACAGAGAGCGAAGGGGCGGAAAUGUUUGAGGAGACGCUGCUUUUAAAUGAUGGAUGCUUUGAAAUGACYAGCCUUCAUUGAAGAUGUGAACGAUUUGCCAUGAGGAGGUUUCCUGAACACUGAGUGAAGCUGGCGGUGAUGAGCGCCACCUCAUGAGACUGAGCUCUUUAAGGAGCAGCAGAGAGRUGAUGGAACAAAAGGAGAGGGGGAGAAGUUUCUAAUCUCAUUAUCUCCAUCUAAACUAAUCCACUUCAAUCAAUACCUCCCGGUCAUCCGCACGCUUCCACAGGUGUUUUACUCUACGCAUCGUACGCCUAAUACAUAUAAAACUACAUUUUGAAAAGAUGUCGGACAUGAAAGACACUAUGCUAAUUAGAUCAGAGGGAAUUAGCAAGACAAUUCUACAUGGAGGAACUGGAGACAUCCCCAAACUCAUCACUGGAACAAAGGUGACGUUCCACUUUCGCACGCAGCUGUGUGAUGACGAACGCACGGUGAUAGAUGACAGCAGAAUGGUGGGGACGCCCAUGGAGAUCGUGAUCGGCAACAUGUUUAAGCUGGACAUCUGGGAGACCUUGCUGGCCUCCAUGAGGAUCGGCGAAGUGGCUGAGUUUUGGUGUGACACGAUUCACACAGGCGUUUAUCCGCUCGUGUCCAAGAGCAUGCGGCGCAUCGCGGAGGGCAAGGACCCAGUGGAGUGGCAGGUUCACACGUGUGGCAUGGCCAACAUGUUUGCGUACCACAGCCUUGGCUACGAUGACUUGGACGAGCUGAUGAARGAACCAAAGCCGCUCUACUUCGUCUUGGACCUGCUCAAAGUGCAGCAGCCCAGCGAGUACAACCGUGAGUCCUGGGCUCUGAACGACGAGGAGAGGCUGAAGGUGGUUCCUGUGCUGCACGGCCAAGGAAACAAACUUUUCAAACAGGGCCGCUACCAAGAGGCCACGCAGAAAUACAAGGAAGCCCUCAUCUGCAUCAAGAACGUUCAGACGAAGGAGAAAGCGUGGGACGUCCCGUGGCUGAAGCUGGAGAAGAUGGCCAACACUUUAACCCUUAACUACUGCCAGUGUCUCCUGCGCAUGGAGGAAUACUACGAGGUCAUCGAGCACACAACGGACAUCAUCAACCAGCACCCGGGUGUGGUGAAGGCGUACUACCUCAGAGGGAAGGCCCACAAGGAGGUGUGGAACGAGGCCGAGGCCCGGCAAGAUUUCACCAAGGUUCUGGACCUGGACCCCAGCAUGAAGAAGGCGGUCAAGAAGGAGCUGGCGGUGCUCAGCAUGCGCAUGGAAGAGAAGAACCAGGAGGACAAGAACAAGUAUAAAGGCAUGUUUUAACCCUGAGAACAGGGAGGAGUCAUAGCAUCUCAAUGAUCUGUAGGACAUGUGAGAACAAAUCAAAUAACCAUUCCAAUCCAUAACAUCCAGAAAUGCCUCCUUUUCUGAGGGGUUUUGUUUGUCAUGCUCAAAACAUUUGUCAAACCAUUUUAAAAUGACACUUACCACCUUCCACACCACGUUACUCAAUACCUUAAAUGUCAAACUGACUGAGUUAGAGCCAUUUUUGUGUUGGCUAAUAUAGAUUAGCUGUGGAAGACAUCUUGAAUUGGAUUACCUUCAAAAGGCAAUCAUGGUGAAUUUAAUGAUUAUGCUCUGAAACUUGUUUUACUUGUAUGUUCAUGAGAUAUUUUGCUAACAGACAGGCACAUGUGUGCACACACCGACACAAACAGGGCAAAAAACAUUGUCUACCCUCACUCCUUUUUUAUGUUGUUGAAAAUAAAAUGACUUACAAAUGUUUCCAAGUCACCUUGUUGAAAGUAGUGUUGUUGUACUGUAGUAAAAAAUUUAUUAAAUUCAUCUACUGGGUGAUUUCUGUGGCUUGGUUGUGUCAAACAUGUCAUUUAUCUUCUUGUCAUAAAGACAAUUAAAAGAAACAACAAAAAAACAGCCAUUAGUCCUUUCUCUGUCUUGCUAUUACAUAUGUUCUCCACCAG